GUCCCUCUCGUGUCAUGUGUUUGAGCAAGUUUCAGUAACCAUGACUUAACUUCACUCCCUCACAUGAUAUAAGAAUAUGAAGUCCCUUCCAAAAAUCAUAUCAAGAAAAAAUUUUUUUGAAAAAAAAGGAAAAAGAAAUUUUCUUUUUUUUUUUUUUGGGUUCUCUGUUUUGCCCCACAUUAUUAGACAUGGUUGAGGCCUUAUGGAAUGGAUAGAGCUUUCACCCAACAAGAAGAUAGUGAAACUACUCAGCACCAACAUUACCUGCUUAAGUUUUGUGUGCCAUUAGAGAAACUCAGAAGCUCCAACAACCCCAACCCUUUCUCUCAGUUGGGUCCUUGGCUCUCAAAAUCUCUGCGGAACUUAUAUAACAAAGCUCGUUUCCCAAAUGGGAUUUGCUUGAAAAGGCUACAGUUUACGGGUAUGGUGGUGAACAACAUUGUUUUUUGUGAUUCACCUCAGUUUCUUGAAGAAGAGAACGCAGCAAUGGAGGGUUUUAUUGAGAAGAGCUAUGAAGGUAUUCAAGAGAUAAAUGAAACGUUCGAUGAAAAUGGAGGUGAAGUGCAGACAUUUGGGGAUUUGUAUGAAGUGAAGGGUAGAGAGAGCAGUUCAAGCUCCGAUUUUUUGACAUCUGAAACAACAGGGCAUGAGGAGCAGAGCCAUAUUAGUUCUGAAGAGGAGUCAUCUUCGCCUCCUUCAUUGGGUUGGCCUAUACAGAAACAAAAAGUACCUGAUUACACAAGUAGCAAUGGCGCUAGUGAGGAAGGAGAGAAGCUACAUUUGGACAAUAGGAAGUUAGAGAAGCUACAUUUGGACAGUAGGAAGUUAGAGAAACGGGAGUCUUCAAUUUCAGAGACUGAGAUGAUGAAGGAAAGGUUUUCAAAAUUGCUGCUUGGAGAAGACAUGUCAGGUUGUGGAAAUGGAGUUUGCACAGCGUUGGCAAUUUCGAAUGCCAUUACUAAUCUAUGUGCUACCCUGUUUGGCCAGCUAUGGAGGUUAGAGCCUCUGCCUACUGAGAAGAAAGCAAUGUGGCGAAGAGAGAUGGAAUGGCUUCUUUGUGUGAGCGAUCACAUUGUCGAGUUGAUACCCUCUUGGCAAACAUUUCCAGAUGGAAGCAAGCUUGAGGUCAUGACUUGCAGACCCCGGUCAGAUUUGUACAUAAACCUCCCAGCUCUGCGCAAAUUAGAUAACAUGCUUCUUGAGAUUUUGGAUAGCUUUGACAAUGCAGAGUUCUGGUACGUUGACCAAGGGAUCUUAGCCCCAGAUGCUGAUGGAUCAUCAUCUUUCCGAAGAACCUUUCAGCGCCAAGAGGAAAAGUGGUGGCUACCAGUGCCUCGAGUCCCUCCUUGUGGCCUCCAUGAAAAUUCAAGAAAGCAAUUGCAGCAUAAACGUGAUUGUACAAACCAAAUAUUAAAAGCCGCAAUGGCUAUCAACAGCAUUGCUUUAGCUGAUAUGGAAGUCCCUGAAUCGUACUUAGAGGCCCUUCCAAAGAAUGGAAAAGCCAGCUUAGGAGACCUCAUUUAUCGAUAUAUUUCAUCGGACCAAUUUUCUCCAGAAUGUCUGUUCGAUUGCCUCGAUUUGUCCUCAGAACAUCAGGCUAUAGAACUUGCGAACAGAGUGGAGGCCUCAAUCUACGUGUGGCGCAAAAGAACCAACUCUAAACCUGCCAACAAUGCAACUCGGUCCAGUUCAAAGUCAUCUUGGGAGUUGGUAAAGGAGCUGAUGAUUGAUGCAGAGAAGAGAGAAUUGCUUGCUGAUCGAGCAGAGAGCCUUCUGCUUUGCUUGAAGCAAUGGUUCCCUGCCCUUCCACAGACAACUUUAGAUAUGAGCAAAAUCCAGUAUAACAAGGAUGUUGGGAAGUCCAUUUUGGAGAGCUACUCAAGAGUUUUGGAAAGCUUGGCAUUCAACAUUAUAGCACGGAUUGAUGAUCUGCUAUAUGUGGAUGAUUUGACUAAGCAUUCAGAUCAAUUCUCAUCAAUCUCUAAAGUUGGUGUAAUUACUCACAAAAGUGUUUCAAUUCCAUAUUCAGUUCCAGUAUCGAGCACUCCUUAUAAAACAGCAUACACCACACCAAGCUUUUCACCAGGGCAUCUAGUUAGCCCUGUAAAGGGAGAAAGAUCUUCUUUCACAAUGACUAGAGGCAAAAUUCCUCAGCAGAGAGGUUUGGGAGUGAAGAAGGUCUUGACAGAUUAUCUGAGUAUCGAUAUAAAAGGCAAGGAUUGCUUUAAUUCAGCUGCAGGAACGGGUUACACAAGUCAAAAAGCAUCAGCAUCUAAAAGUGGAGUUGAAUCCUUGGAGUUUAUAAAAGAAGCAGUAAGCUCAAUUGGCUCACCAGUAGAAGAUUUAACUGUGGGGCAAUAAGCUUAGAGAGUGGAUUAUCUGAUGUAUAUGGGUAAUUAGGCUGGCUGGCUCUUCCUGUGUAUUGUUUUCAAUAGUACUAGGAAGUUGUUUUUAGAUUAAUGCAAGGAGGUGUUUGUAAUCAUAAUCAGUUGAUUGCUUCAUGUUCCUAUUUAUGGGCAUCCCCCAGAUGUAUUAGGCCUUACUUUUAAUACAUAGAACAUUCAUUUCAGAA